AGACAGUAAAGGAGUGAGAGGAUUUUUCCAUUUAUUUCUACAAAUAAAUUACGCACGGUCUUACAUUUGACUCGAAAAAUGGCACACUAUAGCUGCGGUAAACUGUCACAUUUAUUAAGGCUUACCGCGACUAGUUUUAACUCAGUGAUGUGGACUGGUAGGCAUGUUCAACAUAACGCUCAGCCCAAUAGCUGUAAACAUUUUGUUCGUCUCAAGUCCUCAGGUGCUGUUGACAGGGCGACGCUGGAGCAGAAGCAACGGCAGCAUAUGGCACGUGGCUUGCCCAAACAGAAACCCAUAACAGGAGUGAAACAGGUCAUCGUUGUUGCAUCUGGAAAGGGAGGAGUGGGGAAAUCUACUACAGCAGUAAAUCUGGCCCUUGGACUCACAGCUAAUGAUCCGAGUAAAUCAGUGGGUCUCUUAGAUGCUGAUGUAUAUGGUCCAUCUAUUCCGAAGUUAAUGAAUCUGAAGGGAAACCCAGAACUAACAGACAACAAUCUGAUGAGACCACUUGUUAACUUUGGAAUUCCAUGCAUGUCAAUGGGAUUUCUGGUCGAAGAUGUUGCACCGAUUGUAUGGAGGGGCCUUAUGGUGAUGUCAGCCAUUGAGAAACUCCUCAGACAGGUUGACUGGGGCCUGCUGGAUUAUUUGGUAAUAGACAUGCCUCCAGGGACUGGAGAUGUCCAACUGUCCAUCACUCAAAAUAUCCCUAUUGCAGGUGCAGUCAUAGUGUCUACUCCACAGGACAUUGCUUUGCUCGACGCACGCAGGGGUGCAGAGAUGUUCCGAAAAGUCAAUGUGCCGGUCCUGGGUCUGAUCCAGAACAUGAGCGUGUUCCAGUGCCCCCAGUGUAAUCACCAGACCCACAUCUUUGGGGCAGAUGGAGCCCGGGAACUAGCCCAAACCCUGGGAGUGGAAGUGCUCGGUGACAUUCCACUCCAUCUGAAAAUCAGAGAGACGUCAGACAAAGGACAGCCUGUGGUGGUGUCCUCCCCAGACAGCCCAGAGGCUGAGGCUUACAGGAAAGCGGCCUCUGCUGUAGUGCGGAGGUUAGCAGAACAUUCUGGAUGAAUGACUGACCGACAGAUAGAGACCGAUGAGCCGGUCACAGUGACCUGAGACGAAAUCAACCAGAGCGCUCAGAGCCACCUCACGCCAUUCACCUUCUGACUCUCCAAUGUCUCGCUUUCAUGUUUCAUUCAUAUCCUAAAGCAGUAUGCUUUGUUCUAGGAACCACAUCACAUAUAUUCAGUCACAAACAAUGAUAAGUGAAGUUCAGAUUUGGUAUCCAUGGAGAAUGCACUCUCGUAAACCAGCCAACAGACUCUUUCUCCUGUGUGGAUUUGCUGGGAAAAAAAGAAAGAAAGAAAACACACACACACACACACACGAGAAGGAUUUUGGAGAUUAGUGGCAGAGGACUACCAAGGGUUUUCAGAUUGUCUCUCGGAGAAGUAAGGAUGGAAUCUUCUCUGUCAAGUGAAGCCAGGUUUGCUUGAUUCAGCUCCAGCCGUGACAGAAUGCACCAUGGAAGCGUAUCGCACAAAAGGCUGGGGAGACCUCAGCUGAGCUGAAUGUA